UAUUUCAAGUCCCUUCCCUGCAAAGUGUGCUCAUCUCUCAACAGCGAGAGAGAGAGAGAGAGAGAGAGAGAGAGAGAGAGAGAGAGGCAAAGAAUAAAGUAAAGCGAAACUUGAGAAGAAUAUUGGACAACGCCAGCCUUUUGUUGGGCUUCAACUAGUGAUCUUCCUUAAACAUUUCUUGAUAUAUACAACAUUCAAUCCCCAUCAAAUUCUGGGAAUUUGGGCUCAAGAAAAAUUUCAACUUUUUUCAUGGGAAUUUCUCGAAAAAGAUUGAGGCUUUGAGUUUGAAUAAUCGAUCACGAUGAAGAUCAGAGGCGGCGGAGAGCAGAUUUCAAGGAGUAGUGUUGUGUCUCAAAAAUGGGCUCUUUUUCUCUGCCUUGGUAGCUUCUGUGCAGGGCUGCUCUUCACCAACAGAAUAUGGAUCGUGCCAGAAGCGAAAGGCGUGACAAGAACGACAGCAUUUGAGGCCGAGAGGCUGAAGCUUAAGCUUGUAGCAGAAGGCUGUGAUCCAACCUUUAGCAGUGUGAAAAGGGUGCCAAAGGAGAUCUUCAAAGAAGCUUCCAACACUCAACUUGCUAUAGAGACGCUUGACAAGACCAUUUCCACCUUGGAGACGGAGCUGGCUGCAGCGAGAGCAGCGCAGGAGUCCAUCUUGAGUGGCGCCCCAACGUCUGAAAAUGACAAGGGCUCGACUAAAAGUAGAAGGAAAUACUUCAUGGUGGUUGGAGUUAACACUGCAUUCAGCAGCAGGAAAAGGAGAGACUCAGUUCGUGCUACGUGGAUGCCACAAGGAGAGAAACGACGAGCAUUGGAGUCUGAGAAAGGGAUAGUAGUUCGCUUUGUCAUUGGUCACAGUGCUACUUUAGGAGGAAUACUAGAUCGAGCCGUUGAAGCAGAAGACCAGAAGCACGGGGACAUCAUGAGGCUGGACCACGUUGAGGGCUAUCUCGAGCUCUCUGCCAAGACUAAGGCCUAUUUUGCCACUGCUGUCUCCCUGUGGGACGCGGAGUACUACGUGAAGGUCGAUGAUGAUGUCCAUGUCAACAUAGCAACGCUCGGUGAGACCCUAGCACGGCACCGGAGGAAGCCUAGGGUUUACAUCGGAUGCAUGAAAUCCGGCCCGGUCCUCUCUCAGAGGGGAGUGAGGUACCACGAGCCCGAGUUCUGGAAGUUCGGGGACAACGGGAACAAGUACUUUCGCCACGCAACCGGGCAGCUAUACGCCAUAUCAAAAGACCUAGCCACUUACAUCUCAGUAAACAAGGAUGUUUUGCACAAGUUUGCUAAUGAAGACGUCUCCCUCGGGUCUUGGUUCAUUGGGCUCGACGUGCAGCACAUAGACGACCGGAGAUUGUGCUGUGGAACGCCUCCGGACUGCGAAUGGAAGGCGCAGGCGGGGAACAUCUGUGUGGCCUCAUUUGAUUGGAGCUGCAGUGGGAUAUGCAGAUCAGUGGAUAGGAUAAAGGAGGUUCAUCGCAGAUGUGGUGAAGGUGAAGAUGCUGUGUGGAAGGCUAAGUUCUGAGAGGUAGCAUAUAUAGAGGUGCAUAUAUACAAAGAGAGAGAAAGAGGAGAGGGAGAGAGACUUUGCAAAGAACUUCUCCAUUUUAGAAGAGAAGUGGAGCUGCAAAAUGCAGCUAAGGAAGCAAAGCACCACUUUUCCACAUUGAGAGCUAAAAAGGUGUAAGCUGCAGUUCAGUGAUGGUGAGAAAUUGAAUUGAAGCUUAAUUAGGAAUGUGCCACAAAAUGUUGAGAUCAUGUAUGUUCAAAAUUCUUGUGUUUUUUUUUUUUUUUGAUGAUUUUGUAAAGUAACAAUUGAUAUCUACAUGAUAAAUAGAGAAGUGAAUUGGGGUGCUA